AUGGGGGGGGACAGCAGCGUCCAAGCCACGUGGCUGUGGCCAAGCAUCGUCGCUGUGAUCGUCGGAUUGCUUUUGAUACAGCUUCUCUGGAAAGGACCCGCGCCCAAAAAGGUUGAGAAGACCGUUCCGAGCGAGCCUGGUAGCAGAAGGCAAGAGGAGCCAGGUCUGGAGCGAGAGGCUCCGGCUGCGGAACCUGCGCCAGCGAGGACAAGGCAGGUUCAGAAGCCUUCGCCAGGCCCCCCGCUCACCACUCAUGACCAGCUCCGCUGGCUGCAGAUUCUGGCCGUGCGGAACUGUGCAAAUGCGGUGCUGAGCCAAGAUCCUGCAGGUGAUCCUGACCGGCUCAGGCGCCAGAUCUGGCAGUACCUUGACAUUGCGGCACUCACCGCCAGAAUGAAUCGCAAGGAGCUGCUGAAGGAGCUCGAUGCGCUGCAGGACAGGUACAAAAUCCAGCAGAAGUAUGGCCGUUCUGUCCUGCCGGACUCCAGCGUGCCCAUUGGGCCAGCGGCUCUCCGCGCUGCCGAGGAACGCCUGGCCGCCCGCCUGCCGCCUUCUCGUGCAGAACGAGCCUUGGAGGAGAUCGCCCACGGCCAAGCCCUGUGGAAGAAGUUCAAGGACUGCGCACUUGCCCCUACAGGCCCCCUGGAGCAAUUCAUCUCCCGGGAAGUCCGGCCUUCCCACGUCCGCCGGGCUGCCUUCGCGUACGUUUGCACGCAGGUUGGUGCCGGCCUUCUCGCCCUGGGACCUGCGGUGGGCCAUGCCGGCUGGGUGGGCAUCCCUGUCAUCAUGCUUUGCGCCUGCUGCGCGGCAUACACCUCCUACCUCUUCGGCUGGAUCAUGUUUCAAGUGGAGGAACUCUUUCGCCACAGCAAAGCGCCAAGUUAUGAAGACAUUGGUUACCAGGCCAUCGGUGGCUUCGGUCGCCUGCUGACUCAGACUUUGCAAUGGCUAAUGUUGAUUGGCGUUUGCACCAUCUUCCUGGUUCUCAUCGGCGUCAAUGCCUGGCAGCUGCAGCAGAUCUUCGGCGUCACCUGGCUGUCAAAGCGAAGUGUCAUCCUGGUGUCUGCAGCCAUCGAGCUCGUUUUCUGUUUCGUCGUUGCCACGGUGAAGGAAACUUUCUGGCUCACGGCUCUUGGCGCACUUUGCUCGGCAAUUUGUGCAGGCGUAGUCGUGGUGUCAGCCUUUACCACCGACAGCUCCAAGCUGGCUGGUUGCUUGGAUGACCAGACCACAAAUACUUGGCCAAUGUUCACAGACUUUCAAGGGCUCAUCCUUUGCUGGAACACCGUCGUCUUCGCCUUCGGAGGGAUCAACGUGCUCCCCAGCCUGUUGGCCGAUUUCCACACCCGCGGA